AUGCGCGCAGCGAGCCUCGCCCACUGCGCAGCACUCCGCGCGCCCUGCUGCGCUGCGCGGCGCAGCUGGCAGCGGACGGUCGCGCGUGCUGCCCAGACCGGCCGCACCGACGUCGCCGAGGAGGGCAAGGAGCUAGUUGCGGCCAACGCGGACUUCUUCCGAGCGCUGCCGUUGUACGCAGGGGGCGCGGGGCUGGUCGCGAUCCUCGUGAACCGAACAGUCACGGGCGCGGCCCCGGUGAUCGACGCCGGGAGCAGCCAGUCCCGCGCGGACCUCGCGUGCAUCGUCAUGUCGGCCGUCCUCCUCCUUACGGGCCUCUCCUGGCUGUCCCUCAAGCCCGUCAUCGCAGACAAGGUGAAGCUCGAGGGCGGGCCGCUGUCGUGGACGGACUCGAAGGUGCCGGAGGCUCUGAAGCAGGAGCUGGAGUGGGCGUGGAGUGCGGCGGAGGGUUCCGCGGGCGCGACAAGCAUGGUCGUCUUCAUCAGGAACCGCUGCGUGCUGCAGCGCGGGAUGGCCACGGAGGAUGCCAAGCCGGGAGCGGCGGAGCCCGGUCCGAUCGUCGCGAAGGUGGUGGGCAGCGGCAAGGCCAACUACCUGGCGAACCUCGCGCCGUACCCCGGCCGGUUCGAGCUGCUGGAGUACCUCCCGCAGAACACGCAGGCUGUCGUCGUGCAGCCCCUCGGCACGGAGGGUGCGCUCGUGAUCGGGCACGACAGGGUCCGGGGGUUCUCGCAGCUGGACCUGGCGUGGCUGUCGACGGUCGCGGACAAAAUCGAGGCCACCGUGGAGCAGGCGAACUACCGCCCGACGGGGACGGGGUUCAAGUGA